AUGCCGGAAGUGCAUUAUACACCAUCCACGAUGGACGACCUUCUUCAGCAACUACAAUAUAUAGCGGACGAAUCGUUGGAUGAUAACAAUGCUGUCAAGUAAGGAAUUUUAAGAUUUUUUUUAUUUUAAAAUUACUUUGUACCCCUAUUCUACAGGGCCGGGCGCUGGGGGGCGGGGGGGUGGACGGGGGGAGGAACCCUCUCCAAAAAAAAAUUUUAGAAAAAAGUUGAACGUGGUCCCCUCUGUGGAUUUUCCGAAAAAAUUUUUUGCAAAAGAUCGGCACAGGGAGGUGCCGAUUUUUGCGGCCCCGGCCCCCAGACCAAAAGUCAUCACCCGGCACUGGCCCUACCUUUAUUCCUACCUGUGUUCCUACCCCCAUGCUCCUACUUCUAACUUUACCCUACUCACUAAGUCAGAGCCGAUCCGAAAAAAAAUUCCACAGGUAGAGCUACCUGUGGACCCAAAAAAAAUUUUGGGUCUCCCCCCCCCCGAGAAAAAAUCUGUAACGACGCCCCUGCCUACCUUUCCUCAUUGUGUAACUAAUAAAAAUUUAUUUAAUUUCAGUUUAAAAAAGAAUGCCUUAUUGGGACAUCCUCUCAAACAAGCCUUAUACUCGGAAUUGGUCAAUAUUAAAAGGAAAACAGGUAACUCUAUUUCCAGCCUGUCAAAAAAGAACUACGUAUUUUACCAAAUUUUUUUAUUUUAAAAUCGAAUCAAAAAGAAUUGGUCUCUUUUUCUAUAUAAGUACACUAAUUACCGCCCAAUUCUUUUUGACGCGCAUUAUUUUUUCGGUCAUAAAGUUUAUAGAAAAAUAAAAUUUUACAAAUUUGGUUACAAAUCAAAUAGAGUAACCCUUAAUUUCAAUUUUUAUUUAUUUUUUAUGUUUUCUAAAAACUUUUUGACAUAUAUAUAACAGUUUUAAUCAGCGCGUCAAAAAGAAUUGGUUCUUUUUGCUAUAUAAAUGUAUUGGAAACUGACCAAUUCUUUUUGACGCGGUUUGAUUAACUGUUGGUUUUUUGCUUUUUUAGGUAUGAAUUGAGCUACAAGUAGUGUAUACUGGUUUGAAAAUGAUUUAAAUUUAAAUUUUCGAAGUUUCUAAAAAAUUUUUUGUAUUAUACUAGCCUAAAAUAUUUUUUUGGUCUGGUAUUAGACUAGCCUAAAAUUUUUUUUUGAUUUUGUAUUAGACUAGCCUAAAAUGGACGUUUUUAUCACUAAACUAUUGUCUUUAAUCAAUUUUUAUCACUAAACCCUAAUUUUUCAGCCCUAUCAAUCCGCAAUCAACCAGACGAAAACUGUGAGAACCCGGACCUGGCCCGGCUGGAUAACAUGCUGCUAGUCGAGCACGUUCUCGGCCCCGACCCAUCGCAUUACCCUCAGGCGUCGACGGCCGGUAAUUCCACUGAUAACACGGAAUAUUUGCAAAAAUUGUCGGAGAUUCGUCAGGAAUACCAUCAGAAGAUGACCAGCUACGAGAUGGAGUGUAGCAAGUUCACGGAGCACGUAAAGAAGCUGCUGGACGUGCAGGGUCAGGUGCGGCCGAUCGCUGGUCACGAGAUUCAGCGAAUGGUCGGGAUUUGUAAGAAGAGGCUGUCGCGGUUUCAAAUUCAAUUGAAACAGAAUGUCUGCGAGAAGAUUAUCAACUUGAAGACCAGGAUGUGUGAUGCACGGUGAGUAUCUUGUCGUUUUAUUGUCUGGAUUUAGAGGAAAAGUAGUCUUAGGCUUGGUAGGCUUAGGUAGUCUUAGGCUUGGGUUGUCUUAGGCUUAAAUCGUCUUAGGCUUAGGUACUCUUAGGCUUAGGUAGUCUUAGGCGUAGAUAGUCUUAGACUUAGUGGGUUAAGCUUGGUAGGCUUAGGUAGUCUUAGGCUUAGGUAGUCUUAGGCUUAGUGGGCUCAGGCUUAUGUCAGUAGAACUAGGCUUAAUAAGCUUUGGGUAAAUGAGCCUAGGCUUAGUAAGCUUUGGUGUAUUAGGCCUAGUAUUAGCAUGGCAGAUUUACUAGCCUAGGCCUAAAAGGCUUAGGCUUACAUCAGUAGAAAUAGGCUUAAUAAUCUUUGGCUAAGUGGGAUUAAACUUAGUUGGCUUAGUAGGCUUAGACUUAGUAAGCUUAUUUUUACUAUGAUUAGGUUUAGUAAGCUUAGACUUAUUAGGCUCAGUAGGCUUAGCAGGCUUAGACUUAGUAGUCCUAGGCUUAGGCUUAAUAAGUUUUUUUUCAAUUUUUGAAAAAUGUAUAUUUUUACUGCCAUUCUUUAUAUAACUAACCCCCGCAGAAAUUCAGAGCCAAAUCCCAGCACUCGCAGUAAUUUUUUUGGGUCGUUUUACAUCGGGGCAAGUAUUAUAUAAAACCAUAAAAUUACAUCAGAAAACGUUGCGCAAUAGUAUUUCUUGCAAUUUUUCUAAAUCUAUCUUAUUAUACUAUAAGGUUAGGUAACAGCGCAAGGCCGUGUAAGUAGUGCCAGUUCAACGGGUGCGGUUUAUAACAAUUUUAGUAGGCUUAAGCGUUUUAUGUUUUCAAGGCUUAAUAUUAGGAGGCUAAGUAUGUUUAGGCUUAGUAAACUUAUAUUUCGUAUGUUUAAGAUUUCUAGGCUUAAGCUUAGUAGACUGACACUUUGUAGGCUUAGGCAUAGUAGUCUGAGGCUUAGUCGGCUUAGGGUUAGUAGGCUUAGGCUUAGUAGGCUUAGGCUUAGUAGGCUUAGGCUUAGUAGGCUUAGGCUUAGUAGGCUUAGGCUUAGUAGGCUUAGGCUUAGUAGGCUUAGGCUUAGUAGGCUUAGGCUUAGUAGGCUUAGGCUUAGUAGGCUUAGGCUUAGGCUUAAUAGGCUUAGGCUUAGUAGGCUUAGGCUUAGGCUUAGUAGGCUUAGGCUUAAUAGGCUUAGGCUUAAUAGGCUUAGGCUUAGUAGUCUGAGGCUUAGUCAGCUUAGGGUUAGCAGGCUUAGGCUUAGGCUUAGUAGGCUUAGGCUUAAUAGGCUUAGGCUUAGGCUUAGUAGGCUUAGGCUUAGUAGGCUUAGGCUUAGGCUUAAUAGGCUUAGGCUUAGGCUUAGUAGGCUUAGGCUUAGUACGCUUAGGCUUAGUAGGCUUAGGCUUAUAUAAAAUUUAAGUCAAAAAACCAGUCUUUAAGACAAUUUUUUAAUUUAAAACUUUCAGUCGAAAACGUCGAAACUUUUCGAAACAAGCCACCCAAAUCCUGAACGACUACUUCCACGCCCACAUUGGAAACCCAUACCCAUCGGAGGAGGUGAAAGAGGAGCUGGCACGGCAAUGUCAAAUCACGGUCUCUCAGGUCUCGAAUUGGUUCGGCAACAAGCGGAUCCGCUACAAGAAGAACAUAGCCAAGGCCCAGGAGGAGGCGUCGUUCUAUGCCCGGAGGCAGGCCGAGAACAGUCAGCACGCCCUAUCAGCCGCCGCCGCAGCAGCUGCCGCCGGUGCCAUGCCCAUGUUGAAUCCGUAUGCAAAUCCGGCCGCGAAUUUGGCCGUAAAUCCGCUGACCUCGGGCACCGAUCCAACCCAGUUUUAUAGCCAGCUACCCACCGACUUGACUGAUUUCAAAUACUUUUUGUAG